ACAUGGGUGCGUUUGUUUUUCUUCACAUGUGUCCCAAAUUGCCGUUCCCCUUUCGUUCAUUGUCAAAUACAAAUCGGGUGUUGUUAUCGGGCAAUGUUGCUGAUUCCGUAGAACACACACAGCUCGACGCGAAUAUAAAUGUAGCUUCAGCAAGCUAACUGUUCUGACAGCAGACAUUAUCUGCCCAGUUCCAGUGCUAAUAUAGCACAACAUCCCAUGGCUGUGUAGUCGAUUACUGCAUCAUCGCGAAGUGAAUUUGGCAAUUCUGUCGUUUUUACCGUAGUCAACCAAAGUAUUAAAUAAAACCAACCCGGCAAGCGCCUUGGCGUCUCGUUAACAUUACUUUGCAUGCUAACGCAAGUCAACUCGUGUGGCUAACAGGAUCGGCCAUUCACCAUUCCUAUAUCGGAGACAACAAGCAAGACAUUAAAUAGUUUUGGAGUGAUGGACGGGGAGCCAGGGGCAGCCUCAGAGCGAAUUCUCCUGGAGCCGUACAAAUACUUGUUACAACUGCCAGGAAAACAAGUGCGUACAAAGCUUGCACAAGCAUUCAACCACUGGCUCAAUGUUCCAGAGGAAAAACUGCAGGUGAUCAUCGAAGUGACCGAAAUGUUGCACAACGCCAGCUUGCUCAUAGAUGACAUCGAAGACAACUCCAAUCUGCGGCGAGGUUUCCCUGUGGCCCACAGCAUUUACGGCGUGCCAUCAGUCAUCAACUCUGCCAACUACGUGUACUUUCUGGGUUUGGAGAAGGUGUUGACGCUGGAGAACCCCGAAGCCGUGCGCGUGUUUACCCGGCAACUGCUGGAGCUGCACCGCGGCCAGGGCCUGGACAUCCACUGGAGGGACACGUACACCUGUCCCACGGAGCAGGAGUACCGCGACAUGGUGCUGCAGAAAACCGGAGGUCUCUUCGGCCUGGCCGUGGGCCUGAUGCAGCUCUUCUCCGAUUGGAAGCAGGAUUUGAAGCCCCUCCUCGACACUCUGGGCCUCUUCUUCCAGAUCCGGGAUGACUACGCCAACCUGAGCUCUCGCGAGUACAGUGAGAACAAGAGUUUCUGCGAGGACCUGACAGAGGGCAAGUUCUCUUUCCCCACCAUCCACGCCAUCUGGUCACGUCCAGAGAGCACCCAGGUGCAGAACAUCCUCAGACAGCGCACCGACAACUUGGACAUCAAGCGUUACUGCGUGGACUACCUGGAGAAGGUGGGCUCCUUCGCAUAUACCCGUCAGACUCUGCGAGAGCUGGAGGCCGAGGUUUACCAUCUAAUCAGGGAGUUUGGGGGGAACCCUCAGCUGGAAAGCCUGGUGGAGCUCCUCAGCCGCAUGCAUCGAGAGGCUGAAACGGAGUCAAAGGCUGAGCACUGAGCAGCACGUCAUGCUAAACCGCUUUGACCUCGUCUUCCUCUUUGUCGUCACUCACUCCGCAAGCCUUAAGUCCACGAAAACACUCGUUAUCACAAAACUGUUAGAACAUUAGACCACUGGUGGAAACCAAUCAAGUAUGCGUCCUGCCCCUACGGUUGCUGUGUUGGAAAUUUGUUAAAAUGACAAUGCCACUAUUCAUAUCUUAUUAAACUGUAGCCUCCAUUUAUCUUGGUGGACGCAAAGGCAGCCUGUGUUCAGAAAAUAUGCUGAAAUCAUGAAGCGACUGUUCAGGUUGUAAUAAACACUCCGUGGAAGCAAAUGCUGCCCAUCUUUUGGAAAAGUGUUCAUUUCACAAUUUGGCUUUGGAGGAAAUUGUCCAUGUUUGCUUCAAAAUGUGAAAUAUUCCAGGCUGGCUCAGGUUUCUUUGUGUGCCGCAGACAUUGAAUUUCCUACCAUGGUCACGUACGCUGUCAUCAUUGUGUGAAUGAGGCGACAUUUUAAAAGCCCUUUGAGUACCUUGAAGUUAGAAAUGCGCUAUCUAAAGGGAGAGCCAUUUGCUUUAUAACCAACAGAGUGUUUUGCUGAAGUCCAUCUUUGAAGCACAUGGAUGUUUGGAGUGUCUUAAGAGACACGUGGCUCUUAUUCAUCAAGCCGCCACAGCUCAAAGAACAUCAAAUUGUCCACUUGUUAUGCAAAAUAUUGCUAUUCCAUUUAACAGUGUGAUUUUUUUUGGGGGGGGGUGCUCAAUAUUUCUGUGCGUUUCUCAGUUCAUCAUUGGAGUAUCAUAUUUCCAUUAUUUUUAUCAUGCUCACAAAAUUGUUAACCUUUCACACUGUUAUCAGGCAACAAUUAAAUAAAGAUUCUUCAAGAA